AUGGGAUUCUGUAGGAGAUGUGGUGACAUUGUGGCUGGUCCCCGCUGCAAAUGCGGAGGAACAUCUGUCGCCGCGGUCGUAAAGUGGAACCAAGACCACAACAAGCCGAGCCCAGACAGAUGGUCUCGCACCUACGUUACCAAGGAGAAAUCUAUACCACCGUCCGAUACACCAGCAAAUGCAAUUAGCGAUAAUUAUCUGAUUUCAUCUACAGGAGCAAGCACGGACGCACCCGCAAAGCGCUUUCCACGUCCCAACCCCACAUACAGCUUUUCUCCAGUGUCCCUCAGCUCUCAUGUUUCAGCUCACAUUGCAUCUGCCACUACUUCGCGUCCGCCAUCGCCGCUCAAGAAUUCUGUUUACAGCGAAGACUCUUCCUCCAUUUCUCCCGAUGCCGCCGCAGGAAUUUUACCCAACCCAAAUGGCUCGGAGCUUGCAAAAGUUUACGGCUCCAUUUUGCAACCCCAGGAAUCAUUAGCUACGUACACCUGCGCCUUGUGCUCUUCCCCCUUCCCACCUGAUGCCACCAUUUAUCCUGAUCCAUCAACCAUUUCAUCCGAAAUUCCCCUGAGCGCUGGCUCUCGAAACCGCUUCUUGUGCUGUCCUUGCUUCACGGAAAAUGGUGGCUCCAAGGGUAAUUGCCCAACAUGCCAUAGGCCCGUGCUUAUUCUCAAGAGUGAAGGCGCAUUCAUAGAGAAUGGGGGUGGGGUGUGGCACAAGAACUGCUUCAACUGCUCGGGUUGUUUCAAGAAUAUCGGAGAUACUCCGAUGGUAGAUCUACUGGGAAGACCCAGCUGCACAGACUGCUUCGACAGCUGUUUGAAGAGACCCGCCGCAGAUAGCCCUCAGAGAUGGGGGAACGAUAGUCCGAACAGUAACCUCGGAGGGACAAAGCGUAACAACAGGAGCCGGGAGGGCAGUCCCGCUUUGGAAGAGCUCGAGCAGAGGCUAGGGAUUGUCAGAAGUCGAGAAAGCACUCCGACCGCUGAGAGAACCCUUGCUGGAGGAAAGAGCCCUAGGGACGUAGGCGGCUCACCGCCAAAGCACCAUUCGACUUCGAAUGCGGCCAGUCCAACUGUAGAACAACAAUUCGCGCGUGUCAAGGGUGAUACAUCUCUUGUCAUUGACUCUUCUCCAUUUGCUGCGAGUCCGCGUGAUGCUUUCUCUAAGGCUUUGCAGAGAUUCAAGAGCCCAGAGCCAGAUAGUCCAGACGAAGGCAGCCCCGUUCGCCCGAACGGUACAUACAGGCUCAAGACACCAGACUUUGGCUCGCCGCUGUCUGAUGGCAGUCCCCGCCGCUCUUACAACAGGUUCAAGAGUCCUGAACCAGAUACACCCAUCUCUAGCCCUGCCUCGGGAGCGACUGGUAGCCCACUAUAUGGUAGCUCUGCUUCCAAGCAGUCCACUGAGGAAGCUAUAGACGAGAUGAAGCGAAGGUUCCUGAGACAGAUUUCUCCUUCCGCAUCUUCUGGAUAUCGUAAUACAUCCUCUUCCGCGACGACGACUCCUACACGACAGCCGAGACUGUCAAAUAGUUCUGCUUUUUCUGGUGACACCAGAACGAGCGCAUCGAGGAUACCUCGCGCAUCCACUUCUCCUAGCCUGAAAUGUAGUGGGUCUGCCCAUUCGCUACGCUCGUCUAUCCGCCAGGAUGUGAUGGGAGGUCCUGAUUAUACUCUUCGUCGUGACCGCACUGGCAAUGCCGAAGUAGAGUCGCUAUUGGGUACGUUCCCCCAAAUCAGCGACCUCAUUGACUUGGAGAGCCCGGAGGAUUCGCCCAAUGAACUAGAAGGUUCACUAUCCACACCCCCGCUCUCUUUGUCUGUGUCACCCUCUUCCGCUCUCAGUCCCAUUGGGCUUGGAUUGAGGAUGAGAACCAGCAUGUUGGAUUUAAAACCGGACUACCCGCUGUCCGUGCCAAAUACUCCGGGUCUGGCUAGUGACAUGUCUGAUACGACGUCAGUAUCGCAGUCGAGUCCGCCGUCAACGCCUCCUUCAAUUAGCCCGCCCUCUAGACGUGCCAAGGAAGAUGCAGGCACCGGGAAGGUGAUCAGUCAUGUUACAGGGAACAGCAAAUCUGCUCCCCGCUUCCCUGAUACUACUCCCACGCCGAAGUCCAAGACUGCUGCGCCUAGUAGUGCUGCGUUUUCUUCACCGACACUGCUCUCCGCCAACGCUCGCUGUGCGAAAUGUGGUCUCGCAUUGUUCAGCACCAAGCACGGGGGAAAGUUUGUUACCGUGCCAGAGCUACCUGGCGCACCGCCCAAGACCUACCAUACUGCAUGUUUCAGGUGUACGCUAUGUGAGGGCAUGUUCGAAGAAACUGAAGGCGGCCGCGCUGUCUUUGUGAGAGGGGAUCAGGGUGUUUGUCAUCUCGAGUGCGCUCCUCCGGAGAAGAUCAAGAUGCGCCAGAUCACUACCCAGAUACCGAAGCGAACUAUCUCUGCAACCGUACCUCUGCAGCCCGUGGAAACCCACCGAUCUUCUUACAGUGCCACCACAGCUACGUCGAGCCGCUACGAAAGGCCUCCUCCCUCGGCACCGCCGUCAACUACUAGCUUUACGUCGCGUUUCGGUGGUUCCGCAGCGUGUCCCGGAUGCAGCCAAGCAGUAUCUCCCAUGGAGCGGGGGGUUGUACCUGGCCCUCAAGGAACCAGAUGGCAUGCGACGUGUCUCCUAUGCGGUGGGAAGGACGCCAAAGGGCGGCGGAAGGAGGCAGGCAAGCCUGGCUGCGGGAAGAAGCUGGACAGUGCCGCCAAAAAUGAUCGGGACGGAGGUGUGUGGUGUCGGGAGUGUCUGCUCCUUCUUCCUGCAGCGAUGCGCCAGUCGCCGGCGCCUGUCCGGUCGCCCGUUGUCGCCUCGCAUACCGGGGGGCGUGGUCCAUUCGGAGGUGUCGCACCACAGCUUACCGGGACGACGACCAUCGCGCGCCAGUUCACCGGCCUGGGCGGCCCCUCCGAUGCCACAUUGCUCAGGCAGAUGACCGGCGGUGGUCUGAGCCCCACACGGCAGCUCACCUCCAGCCCGACGAAGAUGUACGACGGCCCUCGACCGGGCGCCGGGCGCUAUCCGCGGCCCAAGUCCGUGACGGGAAUGCGGAGCGAUAGUGGGGGGCGCGGUAUGUUCUUGGUGAGACAGCUGACCGGUGGGAAUGGCGUGUAG